AUGCCCAAGACGUUACAAGAAGCCAUUAAAAUCACUCGUGCCUUACGUGUGCGGUACUUGUGGAUUGAUGCACUUUGCAUUAUGCAGGUCAAGGAAGGAGAGAAUGAAGACUGGCACCGCGAAUUUCCCAAUAUGGGCAAGAUAUUUAGGCACUCAUUGUUCACAAUUGCAGCGAGUGGCGCGGAGAGUAGCAGUGUGGGAUGUUUUUACCGGAGAGAAGCAUCCCGUUGGCCGGUGCAAAAUUACUUCCUCGUCGACGAGAACAGACCACCUGGGCCAGACAAUCCUGUGAUACUGGAAGCCACCCUACCAAACUGGAACAUCGCAGUGGAGCACUCGGCACUUGCUAAGCGUGGAUGGGUCUUGCAAGAACGUAUGCUCGCAUCGCGCACGCUGUUCUGGACCGAAGACGGUCUGUUCUGGGAUUGCAGCAAGUUAAAUGCCUCCGAAUACGAGGCCAAGCUGCUGUACUCCAACAGGAAGUUUCCAAUGCUACGUGAACUAGUCGAGAGCGUUAAAGAAUACAAAUACAACAGCAGGUAUGAACAAAAGGUCUGGACCAACGUUCUGGAGGAAUUCUCCCAAAAGGCGCUCACAGUGGUCACGGACAAACUGCCAGCUAUCGCAGGUUUAGGGAGUGAACUCUCUAGACUCACUGGGCAGGAGUUUGAGAUGGGCGUUUGGAAGCACAACUUGGUGCAAGAGCUCGCUUGGGUGGCGGACUUCUCUGUAUUGGGCAAGAGUGUCCCCGUUGAUCCGCAAGCAGCUCGAUUACCGAAAACGCCCUCAUGGUCAUGGGCAUCAACACAUCAGAAGCUGCAUUUCAAGCCUGGGCGCUGGAAUUCGGAAUGUGAAGAACUGGUCACAAUCGACUUAGUGUCCGUUCCAAGCGUUUCGGUCAAUGCGCAACAACUUCGAGUUCGCGGCCGGCUAGGAGAGUUACGUGUUAGGAAGAGGAGGACAAGAAUUGCAUUGUCGUAUGAGCUGGUGUAUCAUCCUACCCGAUGCACAUUCGAGCCAAUCAGAGCUGAACCAGAUGAGGACUCAUAUAACAAGAAGGAAGUUGCAGUGCUGGACACGCUUGCAGACGCGCUUCCUGAGGAGGGCGGAACUAUUAGGUGUCUCCGAUGGAUGAAGUGGAAGGAUAUCCUCAGACGUUCGAGCCUUGAAGAGGAAACACGUUAUCACGAGGUGACCGGUGCCAUGAUUGUGUCGCAGGUUGAUAAGAAAGAGAAUAUCUAUCGCAGAAUAGGCUGGGUGGAAGUCGUGGAUGACGAUUUCUUCAACGAGGAGAACGAGACCAUCAUCCUCGUCUGA